AUGCCAACCAGCAUAGGCGUCACACCACUUUCAGAGUUGCCCCGCCCACCCAUGUUCUCUGCCCAUCCGGACCUGCAUGAGGUCGACACCAUCCUCUCACACCGUGACACUCCGGUUGGCCGUGAAUACCUCAUUCACUGGAGCAACACCUCAGCAUCUGAAGACUCAUGGGAGCCGUUUUCCAACCUCAGCCGUGCGCCUCGUGCCAUUGGAGUGUAUCUUGCCUCGUUGGCACCGAGGACGGUGCCUUCAGGGAGGGGAGGUAAUGUAACAAGGGGCACCUGCACUGGAGCCAGCGUGAAGCGCACGGGAGGCAGCGACAUGCAGCAGCCGCGUGCAGCUGCGAACGUGGGCAGCAAGGGGGCGGAAGUGUGCAGGACGUGGGGGACCCACGUGAGGAGGACGAAACACAGUGCCGAUGACCUAAGGGGUUUACCCUCUUACCUGUAUGACGCGCUGAAGACCGGGGGCGAUCAUCUCUCCCUUCUGCUCCUCACACGCUCCCCCUAUUUUGCGCGGCUUCCCUAUUCCGCGCGGCUCCCCUGUUCGCGCGGCUCUUCUAUUCCGCGCGGCUCCCCUGUUCGCGCGGCUCUUCUAUUCCGCGCGGCUCCCCUGUUCGCGCGGCUCUUCUAUUCCGCGCGGCUCCCCUGUUCGCGCGGCUCUUCUAUUCCGCGCGGCUCCCCUGUUCGCGCGGCUCUUCUAUUCCGCGCGGCUCCCCUGUUCGCGCGGCUCUUCUAUUCCGCGCGGCUCCCCUCCAGUCACUGCGGCUCAUCCUCACCACCACCGCACUCCAUGGCGGACGCUUCCGCCGAUCCGCUUCCCCCCGUCCCGCCGUCCCCGCCAGUGGCGCCCGUCUGCGCGCCCCUCACGACCCUCGACCAGCUGCUCCAAUGGCGCCCCGGCAGCCCCGCCACGGGCGGAAUCUACAACCGCGCCACCGCGCCCUUCCGCGCGCGGAGCGCGCCCGGCGCGGCGCGCGGCGAGCUUCCGCGGCGGCGGCGGCAGCGGGUGUUAGCGUGCCACGACAUGAUGGGGGGGUACGUGGAGGACGAGCGCGCGCAGGGGAGCGCGUGCAGCGAGGUGUACCGCGCGUGGGAGUGGGACGCGGUGGACGUGUGGGUGUACUUCAGUCACCACCUGGUGACGCUGCCUCCCGUGGCGUGGAGCAACUGCUGUCGCACGCACGGCGUGCAGGUGCGCGUGGGGGUAGGGAUGCGGGUAGGGGCGACGGGGCAAUG